AAGAAAUUUCAUAAGCCUAGGCUUAGCCCCAUCACCCCUAUCUUCUUCAUUCAACUUUUUGCCUAUUCAUACCAAUCUUCAAUUCAGCUGAGUUUCAUUUCUUCUCAACUGAUUUUGUUCAAAGUUUACAAUUUUUCCUUUGAAAAAAAUUGGGUUUUAACAUUUCAUUUUAUUUGGGUUGAAGAAUUGUUGGUUUCUAUGAAAAGGCAAAAAUUAUUGAUUUUGUGAGGAAAAUGAAAACUUGGGUUUGAUUGAAUCGAGGAAAAGACUCGAACUUUGCAUAUUGCAAAACUUGUGUUUUUAAUUUUCUAUGGCGAAAAUGUGGAUCUUGUAAAGCUAUUGAUUUGAUCGAGAAAAAGAAGGAAAAAUAAAUAAAUAAAAAAAGAUACUUUUUUUAUCAGCUUCAGGUGGAUCAACUUUUUUCCUCAGUCAUAGGAGAAGAAGAAGAAGCUUAAAAAGGCAUUUGUGGCUGCAAGAUAUUACUGUUAUAUGAGCUUUGGUAUAGUCCCAUUUUCGAGUUUGAUGGUGUUUGAUAUAAAAAGCACAUCAUUAGAAGUGGAAGAGGUUUUUUGUUGAUUUGGAUUUGAUUUAAGUGUUUGAAAAUGGGGAUUCAGUGCUCCAGCCUCGUGCCAUGUUGUGUCGACUCCCACGUUAAGGCAUCUACUCUUGAAGUUCCUAAUGCCGAGAAUGAGGACAGAAUUGAGGCCAAUAAUGGUCGUGCAUUUCGUGAAUUUACGUUGGAGCAACUUAAUAAUGCAACAUCUGGUUUUAAUGUUGAGAAUAUAGUAUCUGAACACGGUGAAAAGGCUCCAAAUGUUGUUUAUAAAGGGAAGAUGGAGAAUCAAACGAGGAUUGUUGUUAAGAGGUUUAAUAGAAGUGCUUGGCCUGAUACUCAACAGUUUUUGGAGGAAGCUAGAUCAGUUGGUCAGCUUCGUAACCAAAGAUUGGCAAAUCUGCUUGGUUGUUGUUGUGAAGGCGAUGAGAGGUUGCUUGUGGCCGAAUACAUGCCCAAUGAAACUCUUGCAAAACACCUUUUCCACUGGGAUGCACAACCGAUGAAAUGGGCAAUGCGACUCAGAGUUGUUCUACAUCUCGCAGAAGCUCUAGAAUACUGUACAAGCAACGGACGUGGCCUCUAUCACGACCUUAAUGCAUAUAGAGUUCUAUUUGAUGAAGAUGGUAAUCCUAGACUUUCAAGUUUUGGCCUUAUGAAGAAUAGUAGAGAUGGUAAAAGUUAUAGCACAAAUUUGGCAUUUACCCCUCCAGAGUAUCUCAGAACCGGGCGAGUAACACCGGAAAGUGUAAUAUAUAGCUUUGGCACUCUUUUGCUUGACCUUCUUAGUGGGAAGCAUAUCCCCCCAAGUCAUGCCCUUGAUUUGAUUCGCGACAGAAAUCUUCAGAUGCUAACAGAUUCUUGUUUGGAAGGACAAUUUUCUGAGGAUGAUGGAACUGAGUUGGUGCGCUUGGCAUCUCGAUGUUUACAGUAUGAACCUAGAGAACGGCCUAAUACAAAAUCAUUAGUGGCUGCUUUAGCUCCUCUGCAGAAAGAAACAGAGGUUCCUUCUCACUCAUUGAUGGGUAUCCAAAAUAGUGCCACUACUGUUGCUUCCUUGUCGCCACUUGGUGACGCAUGUUCAAGAAAGGACUUGACUGCUAUACAUGAAGUUCUCGAAAAUAUUGGCUAUAAAGAUGACGAAGGAGUGGCAAACGAGUUAUCUUUCCAAAUGUGGACUGAUCAAAUGCAAGACUCGCUAAAUUGUAAGCAAAAAGGGGAUGCUGCUUUCCGGCAGAAAGACUUAAAACUAGCAAUAGAGUGCUACACGCAGUUCAUUGAUGUUGGAACAAUGGUUUCGCCAACUGUCCAUGCGCGUCGCAGCUUGUGUUAUCUCAUCAACGACAUGCCUCAGGAAGCAAUGAACGAUGCGAUGCAAGCACAAGUAAUUUCCCCUCUAUGGCACAUUGCGUCUUAUCUUCAAUCUGUUUCUUUGGCUGGACUAGGGAUGGAGAGCGAAGCUCAAGUCGCGCUUAUGGAGGGAACAACACUUGAAGCCAAACGAAAUACAGGAAAAAAGUGAAGAGUUUGUACAAAAGGUUUAUUGCUGAUUGUGUUUUCUGCAUCAUGAUGACCCUACUGCAUUGUUUACAAAUUUCAUCUUGUGGAUACACAAUAUAUUCAUCCCCACCAAAAAAAGUUAAUGUUUGAGUGUCAUGCUGUGUUUGAAGAAAACAAUGAUUGGAUGAGUGUUGGUAACAGUAACACCCUCCCCCUUUUUAAUAGGGUAGGCUUGGAUGUUGGUUUGGUUCUACUAUGAUUGGAUUAUGAAUAGAAGCAUGAACCUCAUCCUAGUAUUUAUGUGUUUCCUCAACAGGAAAAAAUGUGAUAAUGAAAAGUUAUGUUGUUCAUUGCCAAUGAUGUGUUGUUGGAAUACAUUACAUGACAUUAUUUGCUGUUUUCUUUCUUAUGUGCUGAUUAUAGAAACAAGAGACCAAAUUGUGUAUUUUCUUUUUUA